UGGUCGAAAUGUCAUGUGGCUUUGGGGGCGCAAAUUGUGUUUUGUUUUGUUGUGAUUUUUCUAGUAAAAUGUGUGGGAUUUUCUGCCUCUUUUCCCGGAACAGGGAUUGGGUGAUUCCUCAAGAACAUCUUCUAAAUUUCUAUCGAGAGCACUUUAGAGAUGUACUUCAUCACCGAGGCCCAGACUGUGAGGGCUUUUGCUAUGCCCCGGGAAUCUUCUUUGCAGCUCAUGUUCUGUGGCAUCAAGGGAGUAGGAUGUGUAGUCAACCUAUUGAGGAUGACCAUGGGAUACUUCUCUUCAACGGGGAUCUUUUUAUGGACGAUGUAAAAGAAGCAGAGAGCAGUGAUACUUCCUGGCUCUUUGAAUCCCUCUGCAGAUGUUCGAGUUCUGAAGAUGUAAGAGACCUUCUUAAGACCUUAACUGGUCCAUUCUGCUUCAUAUUCUACCAGAAAUCCUCGAAAACUUUGUUCAUCUUGCGAGAUGCGUUGGGGAGAAAUUCCUUGCUUUUGGGAAUCGGGGAGGAUUCUCUUAUUCUUACCAGUGCCGGAGGGAAGCUCUCAGGGUACAAUCUAGUGGAAGUGCCUCCUUUAGGACUGUAUGAAAUGCAUUUCAAUGGAGAUAUCAAGGUAACGUUCUGGGAUGAAAGAAUGAGUCAGACAAGUUACUUCCAAAAAGAGGAAGCUUUCCUGAAAAAUCUUUUGCUAAGCAAUGGGAUAAAUUACUCCAGCACUAAGGAUUUUAUCAGUCCUUCCUGGCUAGAAUUCAAUCCUUCAGGAUGCAAUUAUACUUUCAAGGAGAUUUUCGAAGAAUUUUCCAAGGAGUCUCCAGAAAAGCUUCUUCAGAAAGCUCAAUCCUCAAUGAAAUUUGUGAUAGAAAGAUUGAUAACGUUGCUAGAGAAUUCUGUCAAGGACAGGGUUGCUUCCACAGUCACUAGAUGCAGGGAUUGCUUAAAAGACAAAGAAGAACUUCCCUGCAAUCAUUCGAGAGUUGGGAUUCUCUUCUCAGGCGGCAUUGAUUGCACAAUCCUGGCGAUAUUGUCAGACAAAUUCAUUCCCAGGGAAUCCCCAAUUGAUCUCCUGAACGUAGCUUUUGAGAAAUCUCAAGGGAAAGCCAUUGAUUGGAACGUUCCAGACAGGUUGAGCGCCAAAGAGGCUUUUGAGGAACUCCAAAGAAUCUGUCCUGAUAGAUCCUGGAAUCUUGUGGAAGUCAACGUGACCAAGGAAGAGAAGAUAAAAUACCUGACCAAGGAGAUAUCUCACUUGAUUCAUCCCCGGAAUACCGUUCUCGAUGAGUCUCUGGGAGUUGCUCUCUGGUUCGCUGCUCGAGAGAGCCGUUCCUGUCGUGUCCUUCUGAUUGGAUCUGGGGCAGAUGAACUUUUUGGCGGAUACACACGCCAUAGGCUGGCAUUUGAUCGUGGCGGAGAGGAAGCUCUCAAGCAAGAAUUGGCAGAUGAUUGGGCUCGCUUGCCGAGUCGCAAUCUGGCUAGAGAUGAUCGGGUCAUCUGCGAUCAUGGAGUUACUCAGAGAUCGCCAUUCAUUGAAGAGAAUCUCGUGAGUUUUCUGCUUCAAUUGGAUCCCCUGCAGAAAUGUUAUCCGCCCCUCGGGCCAGGGAUUGGGGACAAGACUCUUCUCAGGGUUUGUGGAUAUCACCUUGGACUCACACAGACAGCCUGGAGAACCAAGAAGGCCCUUCAAUUCGGCUCAAGAGUCGCUAAUAGCCAGCAGAAUGCAAAUGAUAUCUCAGAAUUUCUCUCUUGAAUCUUGAUUUGGGAUAAAAAGCGAGUCUUGACUUCUUCAUGUCCAGAAAUAGACAAUACAGAUAGGUAAUAAAAUUACUUGAAAAAAUCAA